UGCACUGUCGAUUGUGCUAUUCACUAACUUAUGUUAACUAACACUGAACAGCUGUUUUCUUCUAUUUAUUCAAACUGAUAGAGAGUGGCAUCUUUGUCAAAUUAAAUGUCAGAAUGAGCGAAUAACAUGAAGAAGAGAAACAAAAAAACAUAGACGCCAAACUGUUAAAUGCAAUUGUGAGUGUUUUUUACCAAUAAUAUAUGUACAAAGUAAGUACAAUAAAAUAACUGUUUAUUUCAAUUUAUUGUUUUAUUAAUAAUUUUUGUAUAUUGCUUUAGGAUGACAUCGACAGCUACCAAAAGAAGCCGUGCCACAUCCGAGCAGCUAAAUCGCCUGCUUGACUACCUAAUGGAAGUCCCGGGUCUAGCAGGAUCUAGGUUCCACAGCCUCCAUGGUAAGUACGAGUGCGACAAAAAGUGGAGCGAGCUAGCAACAAAAUUAAAUAGUCUGGGUGGAGCAGUGAAGACGGUGAAUCAAUGGCAAACGGUAUGGCGGGACUUAAAAAGCCGCACCAGCAUUAAAGCACGGAAUCGGCGAAGGCAACAAGCUUUAACUGGAAACAGGCCAAUCAGUGAGGAGCCCCUAACGGAAUUCGAGAGGCGGGUGUCUGCUCUUAUAGGGGAGGAGUAUAUGAAGGGCCACGAUUCAACCCCUGAAAAUAUUCCACUGGAGGAGGUAAUCCAAAUGGGUAUCGAAGUGGAAGAUGAAAGGGUGAUUUCGGAAGCCCCGUCGCCUUUACGGACGCCACUGGCAGAGAAUUUCACGCUGAGGUCAGGUAAUUCCCAUAUCUCAGACAGGAGAACACCACGGGCGAGCUUGAAAAGAAAGCGCAUGGAAGAAGACGGUAAUGCUCGGAAGAAAUUUUUAGAAAUAGCAGAAAAACAAGCAGAUGCACUAAAGGUAAUUUCUUUUGAACUUAAUGUAAAAUAA